AUGAAGCAGUUAGGGCUCUACCUUGCGGCGUCAUGGACGUUACUAUGUACCUACAGUGCCGCCAUGCCAGACAUCCAUCACCACAUGUCCUCAGCACAGCUGCAGGAAGUGUUCCACGUCGACCACGUAGACCUGGUCCCGCACUACGAGCUCGUGAAGCUAACACACCACACAAACAAACCGGUGCUGGCGAGUUCCCGGCGGAAACGUAGCAUCGAGUCAGCGUCCUCAUCCACUUCGGUGACCUCUAAGGCGAACGGUUUAACAGCCAAUGACGCCGGUACCAUCAACCACCACGUUAAGAAGGACCUCAGCAAGGUGCGCUUCACCGAAAAGGCGAGCGAGCUGGCCGCGAAACCGAACCAGCACUCUAAACCCCCCGGGUGGGGCGCUGAUGAUCCUGGCCGACAAAAGGUCCCUCUGGAAGCGGGACCGAGUGUGAACAGUGAACAGCUAGAGGAUUCCACGACGCUGGAACCGACGGAAGCGGACGUCAGCAUAGCCGACAUCGACGAACACCGAGUGUCCUUCGAUGCGUUCGGGGAAAACGUUAACCUGACGCUGCGGAAAACGGACGGUCUGGUGCGAGGUGGUGCUCACUCGUUGCGGAUGUGGAACGUCCGCUCGGAUCCCAACUCAACGCAGGGUCUAGUCUACGAGGAGAUUCACGAUGAGGAUCCAGAACCAGCCGAUAGCUUUGGCGACAUUUACCAGGAUGAGGACAGCAUGGCCGCCGUGCUGAUGCGAAAGCACUUGGAAAGUGGCGAUCUGAUGAUGGAGGGUAGUAUAGGUCAUGAACUAGUGAUAAAGCCAGUGCCAACCGAAAUCUCCCAGGAGGAGGAUGGAAGUGUUCAUCACGUUAUUUAUAAGCGCAAAACUCCCGAGGAGCACAACGAACAGUUUAGCGAUUACGCAUUCAUGGAACCAGACCGGCUGCAGAAGCGAUUUCGCUCAAAACGCAGCCCUCAAUCGUACUACAAGACCCCAAGAUCGAACGAUCGCGUCAUCUACCCCGAGAUCCUGGUCAUCGUUGACUACGACGGUUAUCGGCUGCACGGUGGCGACAACGUGCAGGUGAAGCGCUAUUUCGUCUCCUUCUGGAACGGCGUCGACCUGCGGUACCGGCUGCUAAAGGGUCCUAAAAUUCGCAUCAGCAUCGCAGGCAUCAUCAUCUCGCGGGGCCGCGAUGCUACACCAUACCUCGAGCGGAACCGAGUCGGCCGGGAUGCGAUCGAUUCGGCGGCCGCCCUCACUGACAUGGGCAAGUACCUGUUCCGGGAGCGAAGAUUGCCGGUGUACGACAUCGCCGUCGCCAUCACGAAACUAGAUAUGUGUAGAAGGCAAUAUGCAAAUGACGCGUGUAAUCGCGGUACCGCAGGAUUCGCGUACGUCGGUGGAGCGUGCGUGGUGAACAAGCGCCUGGAGAAGGUCAACAGCGUGGCCAUCAUCGAGGAUACUGGCGGUUUCAGCGGCAUUAUCGUCGCCGCCCAUGAAGUUGGCCAUUUGCUGGGUGCCGUGCACGACGGAUCGCCUCCACCGAGCUACCUUGGAGGGCCAGGUGCCGAGAAGUGUCGCUGGGAGGAUGGCUACAUUAUGUCGGAUCUGCGGCACACCGAGCGAGGAUUCCGCUGGUCACCGUGUAGUGUGCAAAGUUUCCACCAUUUCCUGAAUGGUGAUACCGCGAGUUGUCUUCAUAAUCCACCGCACGAGGACGAAGCACUAGGACGAGCUUUGCCAGGGACGUUACUCUCGCUGGACGCCCAGUGCCGGCGGGAUCGCGGAACGUCCGCGUGCUUUAAGGAUGAACGCGUUUGCGCACAGCUGUUCUGCUUCGACUCGGCAAGCGGUUACUGUGUGGCCUAUCGACCUGCCGCCGAAGGAUCUUCCUGCGGAGACGGACAACACUGCCUCGAUGGUAGAUGUGUCGCGGAACACGAGAACAUUAUACCGGACUAUUCGCAACAUACGCCAUCGUACACGCGCUACAAUCAGCAGUCUGUGAAAUAUAACUACGACGACAAGUCAGAUCAGCAGGAAGAAUAUUAUGAACCAUCUAGCACGCCAACGACAUCCACCACAACGACAAGCAGCACCACCACCACCACCACAACCACCACCACCACUACACCACCGCCGCCAGGGACAUCGACGAGGAACAACUAUUACCAGUACUUCAAUCACAAGUCCACGAGUACCUAUCCCAAUGAUUACAAUUCUGCUAAAAGCCCUAGUCCUAGCGAUACUGGUAACGGUAAUGGCAACCAAUAUCACUACAACAACAACUACGGCAACAACAACAACAACAACAACAACUACAAUCACUACAACCCGACAACCAAGCCGACCCCGUACAGUACGAAGACGACGACCAAGACCCCGUACGUGUUCAGUAAAUACACCUUCAGCUCGACGAAAAGCCCCACGACGACGACGACGACGACGACGACCACCAGCACCACGCAUCGCCCAUCCUGGAACAGUGGCAACCGUGAGGAUGACAAUAGUAACACACUGCACUACGGCCAACAGCAGCACCAGCAGCAGAACGGCUAUCAGCAACAGCACCAUCACCAGCAGUACGGUUACGGGUCGGGGCACGGUGACGGUGGGGACGGUGGGUACGAGCAGGGUGGUUACGAGGGGGGUGCCACCACGACGACCACACGCAAACCGAAAGCCACCUACCAUCCGGUGUUCGAUGUGUACUUCAACCGGAUCGCCCAAACGACGACGCGCAAUCCUUACAACUUUUCCUACUUCGCCAAGCGCACCACGGCCAAGGGCGCGAGCUAUGGUCUCAACGGCAACUAUCUCGGUGCGAAUAGUCAGCUCAGUGUGGCCAGCGUCACUAGUGGCACGCCUCGGCAGACAGCUCGCAGCGGCCGGUACUACUGA